AACUGAAAGCAUUGCCUACUUUUGCGACAGUCGAAAUAGAUAUCAGCACAGUUCCGUAGUCUUUGUAGAUAUUUGCGAUGAUUUGCCGGCAACUCUAUUUUGUUACAAUUACAUUGGCAUUGACGCGCUGCGUCAUAGCCGAAGCUAUCGAUGAAAUCGAACUAGAACACUUUUGUUAUCCUGAGCAACAUAAAAAUAUCCGCAAAUCUUGUGAAUGUAGUAAUGAAGAUUCGCCGCCGUGGGGAAUACGCGCCAUAAACAUAGAUUGUAGUUACAAGAUUUUGAAAACAAGCGACUUUUCUGAAGUAUUGCCGCUCUAUGUGAAUACUUUGGACUUGUCGUGGAACACAAUGGACGAAGUGCCCACAUUAGCUAGCGACAGUUUGCGAGUGUUGAAUGUUAUGCACAACAACAUUUCCACAUUAACCAACAAAAAAUUUGUCAAGGUUUCUUAUAUCCGUGAACUCUACUUGGGCUGGAAUAGCAUACAAUCAAUCGAGUUGAGUACUUUCGACGAGUUGGCCCACUUGCAAGUACUGGAUUUAUCGCACAACAAUGUCCAUAUGUUGGGCCUCCAGUUGUUCCGUUCGUUAAUUAUACUAGAGACUUUGGAUUUGUCAUGGAAUCGACAAUUAAACCAAACUGAGGAUAUUCAAGACCAGGACUUUUAUCGCACUUUUGGUGUUAAUACGAAAUUAAAAACCUUGCGCAUGCAAGCCUGUAGUUUAAGAGAUCUGGUUUUACCCGAAAAGGUGCCACUCGUAAAAUUAGAUUUACGAUGCAAUAUGCUAGAAAGAAUUCCAAUGAAUCUUCCUAUUACUUUGGAGAUACUUGAUAUCAGUGCUAAUCUAUUCCAGAACAUUUCGUCAGUGAUUACAGCUAAUUUGUCUUCCACGUUGAGUGAGUUGUUGGUGGAGGAUAUGCCGCGUCUGCAGUCUGUCGAAGAGAAUGCUUUCGAAACACUUACUGGAUUGAGAAAGAUCAGUUUUCAGAAUAGUCGCCGUUUGACUAAGUUUAGUGGAAACGCAUUUGGUUCUGAUGUUGAUCGCUUUCCAAUGCUACGAACACUGAUUUUUCGUGGCACUUCAAUUGGCUCAUUUAAUGCUACUUUGGAGCCUAUUUUCAAACAACUCAUCGAAUUGGAUUGCAAUGGUGUGCCGCUUAUCUGCGACUGCGAAUUAGUAUGGAUCAAAGAGAUGAAAUUGGAAACUAAUGGUCGUUGCUACAAUCCCUCACAGUUGAGGGGAGAAACUCUAACAAGUGUCGAUAAAUCCGACUUCAGUUGCCCUCAGUGGCCUCAUUGGGUCGGCGGGCUCUUCAUUUUCGGGCUUAUUUUGCUAUGUACCGUUGGAAUUUGUGCAGUAGUUAUGUGUCUACGGCCGAACAGGGGUGGGGUUAUUCUACGUCGGCAUGUGGGGUCGGGCAGCCCAUAUGCCAGAGUUACUAUCGAACCAAAUAGACAGGAAAACUAUUAUUGAUACUUACUAUUACUAAAUAUAUAGCAUAGUUUACUCAAAUAAAAUUAUAGUAUUAACGCGAUGUGAUUAAAUAAAAAUGUAUUUAUUUAAAACAUAUAUUUUUCUUAUUUUACGAACAUACAUAAAUAUAAAAUUUAGUUCGUAUUUGUAUAUUUCUGAUAACGAAAUCUUAUCUUUGUGUAUACAGUCCAAUAAGUGUGAGUUCAUUGUACAAAGGUUUUACAGUGAAACCGGUGCUGUAUUGAACACAAGAACAAUGUACAGUAUCCCUCUGGAUAUUGCACUUUAAAAUUGCAUAAUUUUUGGUUCUAUUAAGCGGGGAAUCAAUUAACCGAUACUAGUUUAAUUGAACAAUUCCUUUAAUUACAGGAAUCCCGCUUAAUUGGACAAAAUAAUCAAUUAUAAGAAUAUCCUUUGCGCGCUUUAAGUGUUUAUUUAGUUUUUAGUAAUUAUGUUUAAAUAUUAUUUUUAACUUUAAACGGAAUAAACAUAAGGAACAAAAACAAGGCAAUGCACUUACUAUGUACAUAUAUAUUUAGAGAUAUAAAAAGUAAAAAAAAACUUAAGGUACAAAAACAAUUUAUAUUAUUGUAUAAAUGCAGCACUUGCAUUCACACAUUUAGAGAUAGUUGCUUACAAUUUUAUGACGUUAAUUUAGGAAGUCUGUAAAUCUUUUUUUGUUUAUUGUUCAAUCUACAAGAAAUAACAUGCAAUUCUAUAUUCCCUAAUUCAUACAAAAACUUGUUUUCUAAAUAAAAAUAUGUUUGAAGUUUUUGUAUGUCUUUUAAAACUUGGGGAACCGACGGAGGCUUUGGAAUAUAAUUUUCUUUCUCUUGCUCCUCAACAUCAGCACCAGAGCUAAAAUCAGCAUCCUCCAAAAUAUCUUUACCAAUAAACAUACAUACAUAUGUUUUCAAUUCCUUUGCAGAGAUGUCAACUGUUGUUUAUCACAAAUGCUGGGAAAUACAUAUGUAAAUUGAUUCCGAUUGUACUACGGAGUGUAAAGUGUUAUCAAAUCGUUACUCAUCAUAUAAAUCAUUUAAGUUCAUUGAAGUGCCAAUCGUGUUCUAUAAUCAGUGUAAAGGU